UUUUAAAUAAAAUAAAAAAAAAAGAUCGUCCUUUUGUGUCUGAUUUCAUAAAGAAAAAAAAAAUCCCAAGUUUAGGUCCCUUUUUCUUUCUUUACUUUUUCUUUAUCUCGGUCCCAUUUUUUCUUAUUUAUAUGCCACCUAAUAAUUAUAACCUUGUACAAACAGAGUCUAUCGAGUUACUUGUUCCUGGUGAACACCAUCUCGAAGAUCAGCAUAAAAGGUCUCGUCAUGGCCGUUCUAAUUCCACCACUUCCUUCAUUCAUUUUCGAGCACCUCAACAAAAGGAAGAAGAUCCCACUGUUACGAACGUGAGCAAACUUGCUUCCCAGGCUCUUCCGUCAUUACUUAUUUGUGUAAUCGGUCUAAUAGUGGCGGGAUGGAUGAUGGAUAUAUAUCAACAUUGGGAAGUGUUUGAACAAGUAUCCGAGUUAUUUAUUCUUGUACCUGUGUUGUUGAAUUUAAAAGGAAAUUUAGAAAUGAAUUUAGCAGCCAGAUUUUCAACAUCGGCCAAUAUGGGUGAUUUGGAUCAUCCAGAGACAAGAAAUGCAUUGGUGUGGGGUAACCUGGCUUUAAUUCAAGUGCAGGCAUUAAUUGCAGGUUCCAUCGCCGGUAUAUUCUCAGUGAUUUUGGGUGCAAUUUUACACCCGGAAGAAGUUAUUACAAUCAGUGAAAGUGUGCUUGUCAUUGCCAGUUCCAUGGUUUCCGCAACCGUAUCGAGUUUUGUUCUAGGUCUGUUCAUGUGUGUUUUAAUCAUCUUGAGUCGUAUUCUAAAGAUUGAUCCUGAUAAUAUUGCAUGUCCUAUGGCCUCAUCCCUAGGUGAUGUAGUUACACUGGGUAUCUUGGCUGGAUGUGCCAAUCUUUUACUAGUGAAUAUUGAAACACAAUUAAGUACAUUUUUACUUUUAAUCAUGUUUGGUAGCAUCCCAUUUUUUGGUAUUUCUGUAUGGAGAAACCCGCAUGUAAGAAGCUUAUUAUUUUCGGGAUGGACCCCUAUUAUUGUGGCCAUGUUAAUUUCAAGUGGUGCUGGUCUUGUCCUUGAAAGAUAUGUCGAGCAAUUUAAAGGUUUAGCCAUGUUGACACCUAUUUUAUGUGGUCUUGCUGGUAAUUUAGGCUCCAUCUAUGCUUCCCGAAUCAGUACUUGUCUUCAUAAGGGGAUGCAAGAACAAUUUAAAAAAGUUGAAAAUGCUCUCUUAUUAAUGAAUGUGCCUGUCCAAUUAUUGUUUCUGGUGAUUGUUUGGUUCUUAGAGAUUGGUCAUUUAGACUUUACUUUUGCCUUUGCACUCUCUUACUUUUUAGUUGCCAUGAUUUGUACGUUUUUGGCUUUAAAAAUGGGAAAAUCCAUGACAUUGGCAUUUUGGAAGUACAAGUAUGAUCCGGAUAACUACGUUUUACCUUACCUGACGGCUAUUAUUGAUGUAAUCUGUACAAGUUUACUGGUGGUGGCAUUUGCAUGGUUAAGUGCUAACGGAUAUGCAUCGUUAGAAGCAGAAAAACAAGACAACUAACAAAAAAAAAAAAAAAAAAAAAAAA